UCCGAGCGCAAUACAUGGGUAUUACAGCUGCUUUGUUUGUUUACAUUGAUGGCCGCUCUUGCCCUUCGAGCCUGGAUGCUGGAGGCUUAAGCUGCUGCUUCAGCUCCUUCAGCAGGCGUUGGCCAAGGUCUUUCUCCCCCUCGACGCAUAGAGUGGUCAGCGUUUGUUCAUUUUCGUCGCUGUUGUUCCCGAUCGACGUGGCAUAAUGUUCACCGUGGCCCCGAAGCCCCAGCACUUCUCUCCCAUGGAGGAAGGGCCUGUAGACUCGCUGAACAUGAGGGUCACGCUUGGACAGGAAGCUCGCUGGCCUCUGCUGCUGUUUCUGUACACGAUGGUCGGCCUCCUGUUGCUCGCCAUUGCCCUCGUCUGGUGCCUUGUCAGGGCGCCCUCCGAAUCCUGGCUGCGUUCUUGGAGACACAGUGCGGGCGGUAAAAGCGAGUUGGCCGACGUGAUCAUCGUAACGGCAGCGACUCCACCUCCGCAAAGUAAACACGAGGGGUUCUUCGAGGUCCUCCAUAAGCCGGUCGACGCGAAUACGGACAUAGAGAGGGGCGUCCGGGAGUCACUGCCAAGAGAAGACCCGAGUUCGCAAGGCAUCUAGAUUAAAAAAAAAAAAAAGAUUG